AUGGCUGAACCAAUUCCAUUCGCUGUUACUUCAAAUCUCAUUCACAGGUUGGCCUCCGCAGAAUUUCUUGAAUUUGGACAGGAGUAUGAUGUGAAAAAAGAGUUGGAAGUGCUUAAGAAGACAAUUGAAUCUAUCAAUGAUGUGCUCCUUGAUGCUGACCACAAACAAGAUCAAGUUCGUGUGCGUAAUUGGAUAUCUGACUUCAAAGAAGUACUUUAUGCUGCAGAUGACUUCAUAGAUGAUCUUGCUAUCGAAUCUAGGAGAGACAAAUUGGGUGCAACCGACGUAAAAGAAGUAAACAGGGUACUUCGUUCCAUUUCAUCUUCAAAUCAACUUCCUUUAUACAAUGAAAUGCCUAACAAAAUUAAAGAAAUACGAGAAAGGAAACAGAUUCUUGUGUUAAAAUCUGAUAUCAUUGGAAGAGAUGAUAGCAAAAAGGAGAUUAUUAGUCUGUUGACACAACCUCAUGAAAACCAGAAAGUUUCUGUGAUUGCCAUUGUUGGCCUUGGUGGUUUGGGGAAGACAACUCUUGCUCAAUUGGUGUAUAAUGAAUUGGAAGAGCAGAAUUCUUUUGAAAUGCAAAUGUGGGUGUGUGUCUCUGAUAACUUUGAUGUUAAAACUAUCCUGAAGAAAAUAUUAGAAUCAAUUCCUGAUGGCCAAAGACAAGACCAAUCAUUAGAGAAGUUGCAAAAAGAGCUCCGUAGAAGUUUAAGUGGUAAGAAAUAUUUGUUGGUCUUGGAUGACAUUUGGAAUGAGUGUCAUACAAAGUGGGCUGAAGUGAGAAAGUACCUGAUGUGUGGCGCUCAAGAUAGCAAGAUUUUAGUGACAACUCGAAGUGAAAAUGUAGCAAAGGCAAUGACUGCUAGCACUUCCUAUCCUUUGAAAGGUUUGACUGAUGAAGAAUCUUGGAGUUUGUUGAAGAACAUUGCAUUUGAGGAUGAUUCCAGAGUCAAUCGAAAUCUAGAAUCAAUGGGGAAAGAAAUAGCCAAAAAAUGCAAAGGGGUUCCACUAGCAGUUAAAACGCUGGGAGGCCUGUUGCGAGGACAAAACCAAGAAAGUAGAUGGGAGAAUGUUUUACACGGUGACUUCUGGAAAUUAUGUGAAGAGCAAGAUAGUGUUAUGCCAAUUCUAAAAGUCAGUUACCACAACUUGUCGUCAGACAUGAGACAAUAUUUUGCUUAUUGCUCAUUAUAUCCCAAGGAUUCAGAAAUUCCAAAGGAUGAGUUGAUUAAGUCAUGGAUGGCACAGGGUUACCUUAAUUGUUCAACUGAAAAACAGCAGAUGGAGGAUGUCGGUAAUCAAUUUGUAAAGAUGUUUUUGAUGAACUCAUUUUUCCAAGAAACAACAAGGGAUGAACAUGGUGAGAUCUUUAGUUUCAAAAUGCAUGAUUUAAUGCAUGAUCUUGCAAUGCUUGUUGCUGGCAAUGAUUAUUGUUACUUGGACAGUAAGACAGAAAAAGUUGAAGGUAGACCCAUGCACGUGUCAUUGGAAUCUGAUGAGACUAUUAAUGUGUUGAAGUCAUUAGAUCCGAACAGGCUGAGAACUUUGAUUUUGCCGAAUGACUUCGAAGAGGAGAAAUAUUUGUCGAUUAUUGCAAAGUUCAAAUACUUGCGCGUAUUGAGGAUGUCAUCUCUUUCCUUCCACAAAUUAUUCGAUUCAAUUGGAAAAUUGAAGCAUUUAAGAUAUCUUGACAUCCUUGAUGAUUUCUCUUUGAGUGGGAUGCCAGUUGGGUUGGGAAAGUUGUACUCGUUGCAAUCCUUAUCGACCUUUGUUGUGGGAGACAGCCAAGAAACAAAAUAUGGCACAUUACAUGAAUUGAAAGACUUAAAUCUAAAAGGUAAGUUAAAAAUUCAGCAUCUCGAUCGUGUCAGAGACGUGGCUGUGGAAUCACAUGAUGUAAAUUUAAAAGAAAAAAAAUUCCUUCAUUCCUUGACUCUAGAUUGGUCGAUCGGAAGCAUCAUCGGUAACAGUUUACCAUUAUUAGAAAACCUUGAGCCCCACCGUAGUCUCAAGCGAUUGGAGGUGAAGGAAUAUCCAGGCAUGCGUUUCCCAAAUUGGCUUUCUCUCCUCACAAAUGUUGUUGACAUUCGUCUCUAUUUUCUUAGUAAUUGUCGCUGUCUCCCACCGUUGGAACGUCUCCCGUCCCUGAAGUCACUUGACAUAGAAUUUCUUGAUGAAUUGGAAUACAUAUAUCUCUACGAAGAUGGUUUUGCAGUAACCUUCUUCCCCUCUUUGCAGAGCCUCUUAUUAGAAAGUUGUCCGAAGCUCAGGGGAUGGCGGAGGCAGGGAGAUGAUAUCAAUGAUUCACAUAAUCUCUCCUCACCUCUUUCAUUUCCUCAUCUUUCUCAUCUACUUCUCUCCAAGUGUCCACAGUUGACUUGCAUGCCUACUUUUCUGGCCCUUGAGGAUUUAGGAUGGUGUGAUAGUAGUGUGGAGCCAUUAAUAGGAACACUAAACACAAGAGCGUCAACAUGUUCAGCUGGCUCAUCUUCCUCCGCUGCUCCUCUUUCCAUGCUCAAAGAAUGGAGGAUUAGUAAUGAUGUAAACAUCAAAGCGUUACCAAAGGGUUGGAUGCAAAAUCUGACUUCUCUCGAGUCUCUUCUAAUUGAUCAGUGUGAAAGUGAAACACUCGAGGAAUUUGGAAUUGGAUUUAAGGACGACACCAACUGCCUUCCUUCUCUGCGAAAAAUCAGCAUUAGUGGGUGUAACGACCUAGAGGCUUUGCCAGAUUGGAUUUGCAAUCUCGCAUCGCUUCACCACAUUGACAUCUCUGGUUGCCCACAUUUGGCAUCGCUCCCCGAAGGAAUAAGUGGUCUUACCAACUUAAAGAUGUUUGAAGUCGGGGAAUGUUCCCUCCUGAUUGAAGAAUGCCGAAGAGAGACAAGUGCUGUUAGUCGUCAAAUCGCACACAUCCCACAAAUAAUCCUUCGUGAAGAGUGA